AUGGCGAGCACGUCGGCGGAGAUCAUCGCCUUCCUGCUGAGCCUCUCGGGCUGGGUGCUGGUGUCCUCCACGCUGCCCACCGACUACUGGAAGGUGUCCUCCAUCGACGGCACGGUCAUCACCACCGCCACCUUCUGGGCCAACCUCUGGAAGACCUGCGUGACCGACUCCACCGGCGUCUCCAACUGCAAGGACUUCCCCUCCAUGCUGGCGCUGGACGGUUACAUCCAAGCCUGCAGAGGGCUGAUGAUCUCUGCUGUCUGCCUGGGCUUCUUUGGUGCUGUGUUUGGACUAGUUGGGAUGAAGUGCACCAAAGUUGGAGGCUCCGAUCAGACUAAAGCAAGAAUAGCUUGUUUAGCCGGACUGAUUUUCAUACUUUCUGGGCUGUGCUCUAUGACCAGUUGUUCCCUGUAUGCGAACAAGAUUACAUCUGAGUUCUUUGAUCCUACUUUUGUUGCACAAAAGUAUGAAUUAGGAGCAGCUUUGUUCAUUGGCUGGGCUGGAGCUUCACUCUGCAUAAUUGGUGGCAGUAUAUUCUGCUUCUCAAUAGCUGAAAACAGUAAUACUCCAAGGAUGGGGUACGCAUAUAAUGGAGCCACAUCUGUGAUGUCUUCUCGUACAAAGGUCCACAACACUGUUCCAGACAAAACCCCACCAAAGCACUUUGACAAGAAUGCUUAUGUUUAA